CCAUUGGCUCCCACUUGCAACCGCAGACACCAACCAACCACCUUAAAGCGCACCAUCGCAAACCAUGGUCCUCAGCCCCACCGUAUCAUUCAACGGAGAAAAGGAAAGAAAAAAAAAAGCGUCCUCUGCAACCCUUUCCCCUUUUCCUUUUCCUUUUCCCUUUCCCGGUUCGUUCACCGAGUCGCACUGAGUCGUGACUCGGUCACGCGACAUAAUCAUUACGCUUCUCUUCCACUUCCGUUAUCCUCGGAUUGCAUAAAUUCGCCAAUGCCUCUUUCGCGGAACUCCAAGCUUCCACACAUAACUAACUUUUUCGGAUGCUUCUCUGAAACGCGCGUUUGCGUUCGCACGCUCUUUCUGUUUUGGGGAAAAUGGCUGACGCCGUCACCGCCGAUGGAGUGCCCGGAACUCCCGCCAUAAGGGAAGUAAGGGCCGAGUCGGGGGCCCAUGCGGGAAUCGGGUCGGGUGGGAUUCGGAGGGUGAAUUUUCGAGCGGAGAUUGACACGUCGCCGCCGUUCGGGUCGGUUAAAGAGGCCGUCACCCGUUUCGGAGGUAGCGGGCCUUGGAUACGCUUUUUCAACAACAUUGAAGAUUUUGACAUAAAGAAAGUGGAGGAACAGGCAGCGGAGUUGGAGAAGGAUUUGAUUGUCAAAGAACUUGAAACACUUGACGUGCUUGAAGAACUGGGAGCUACCAAGAGGAUCGUGGAGGACCUUAAGCAGCAGUUACAAAAAGAGGCUAUGAAAUAUGUAGCAACUCGAGAUGUAAAUUCAUAUGAACCAGUUGGAACUCCUGUUAUCAAGGAGAUGGAUAAGGAAAAUUGUGGAAAUAAUGUCAAUGAUCAAGAACAGAUGAUGCAAAUUCCAAGUCCGUGCUCUAUGUUAUCAUCACCUGAUAUGAUCUUGAUGGAGUUGAAACAAGCCAAAUUGAAUCUAGGCAAAACUAUAAAUGAACUUGGGGUGAUACAAUCCUCUGUUGAAACUUUGAAUAAGAAGAUGAAGAAGGAGAAAAUUUUCUUGGAGAGGACACGGGAAAAGCUAGCAUCAAAGUUUGCAGCUGUAUCUGCUCAAGAGAGAGCCCAAGGUCAAACAAAAUUAAAUCCACCAGCAUCUUAUGUGGAAUGCACCUUUGAUAACCCUGCAAAUAUGAUGAGGAAUCUCAAUUCUGAUUCUGGGCAGUGCAAUAGAAUGGCUGAAACAAGAGCUGAACCUUCGAAGCCCUUAAGUGUGUAUGAAGAAUAUGGAUUUAGUGUUAAGACUGCUGAGAUGAGGUGGCUUGCUGCUAAAAAGAUGGAAGAAGCUGCAAGGGCAGCAGAAGCUAUUGCUCUUGCUGAAAUAAAGGCUCUAUCCAAUUAUGAGAGAUCUUCAGGAUUUGUUCUGCCAGAACCUGAGAAAAUCACUUUUGCUUUUGGACAACGCUCUCCCCUAAACUCCAAGGUUCGGAUACCUGAGGAAUCUACCUUGAAGAAGGUGAUAGAUCCCAAGUUUCGAGUUGAGGAAACAAAUGUUUCUAAACUGACUAUUUUGAAGAAGUUGCAGGAAGCAUCAGAAGAGGUUCUACACAGCAAACGAGUCUUGACAGAUGCUUUAAACAGAGUUGAAACUGCGAACAGAAAGCAGCAUGCUGCCGAGGAGGCUCUGAGGAGAUGGAUUCCAGAGAGUGAACUCAAGGAGUAUAAUUCUGUUAAUUGCAACAAGUUUGAUCAAGCAGGAAUUUGUCAAGAUUCUUUGCAGGAUGUAACCAGGUCAACGACUGCAAACAAUGUUCCAAAGCCUGCUUUAAGGCCCACAAUUUCAAUGAGAGAUGUACUUAGCAGAAAGCAGGUUCCUGAAGUAUAUGCUACAAGAAAGGAGAUGGAAGAGCACACUGAAAGACAAAAGGUAGCGUUGAGUCAAAUGCUACAAGCAUUGAGGGAAGAUCUAACUCUUCCAACAAAGACUGAGAAAGAUGGUGGCGACCAGAAGCCGUUCAUAGCACAGAGGAAGAAAUUUGGAUUCAUUCAAAUAUCACUCCCCUUGACAAAGCCAAAUAAGAAAAGGGCAUGAAAUUUCAACCGUCAAUCCCUAUGCAUGGAUGAAUAGCCACUACUCGUGCAUCUUCAUAUCUUCCCAUGCCAUUCUUUAUUGGUUCAUGUGUUCACUUUCAUGUUAUUUAUGUAGAAGUUUGUGUGGGUGUUUGGUUUGUAAAAUAAGUUGUAUUUGAGUGAUUGCCUUAUAAUUAUGUUGCUAGCUUUAAUGGAGCUAGUAGAUUAUGUUGCUCUAGUUGGACGCAUUAGAGUGAUGAGAAAUUAAUUCACAGGGUGUGAAGAUAUUAUUAUUGGAUAAUUUAUUGUUAUAUAUAUGAUCUAUCAUGUGGUUGCUCAGUUGUACCAAAUUAUAUAAAUUUAUAUUUUGUUGAGUGAUGUACAUAUUGGAAACAUCAAAUUUCAUUCCAUA